CCGUGUUCACCUCCUCCCAAUCUCCUCGCCGGCGUGAAGUUGUUACCUCGCUUCAGUCCUCCUCCUCCACCUCCACCUCCUCCUCCUCCUCCUCUGGACUUUGGAGACACUCAGCAGCGCCAGAGCCGUGCGCCUCUCAGGGGGGAUAAGUGAAGCAUUUUCUCUUCUUGGAUACUUGAGACUCCUGCUGGAAAUAUCACCAAACUCUAUUUUCCCUUUGAGCACAACCUGUAACUAAAUCGGAUACUUGCAGGAUCUGCGCGAGGCUCUCGUGUAACCAUGGGGGACGUGGUUUCCUCUCACCUGGACGAGAGCAGGCGGGAGAUGAUUACAGCUCGGACCAGGGACGUGAUGAAAGAGUUCAGCGAUGUGUACGAGCAGCAGUACGCUGUCGCUCUCUUCAACACCGUCCGCUACGAGAUAGAAGGAGGAGGAGGAACACAGUCACAGCUGCUUCACAGAAAGGACCCUCUGGCAGGCCGCUUCAUCUUCUCAGGGAGUUUGUUUCAGUAUCUGGAGGAGAAUCGUAAAUGGAGGAACCGCUUUGUAUCUGUGCCAAACAGCUACAUCAUCAGCCUCUAUGAGAGCAAAACAGCACACGAACGGGGCCUUCACCCGAAGAUGACCAUCAACUGCGCCGGGUACAAGGCGCUGACCUCAAUGGAAGAAUACAUGGAGCUGAUUAAUGCCAGCCUGCCAGGUAUCACGGCCAAAGUGGGCAAUAAUCCGUUCAUCAAGUGUGCGACCGAGUUCCCCCUCAUCCUGUGGCACCCGUACGCCCGCCACCACUACUUCUGUGUGAUGACAGAGAAGGAGCAGAAGAAGUGGCACGCUGUGCUGCAGGACUGCGUCAGACACACUAACAAUGGUCUUCCAGAGGAGAGCACUGUUCAGACACCAGCCUUCACUGAUGCUUUGAGGCUUCACAGACAAGCCAAGGGACACUACGGGACCUGGGAUAUGAUGUGUGGACAGCCCCCACAGAUUCUGGCUAAUCUGGUGAUGGAGACCCUCCACCCAGAGCUGAGAAACGUGAUUGGUCCUCGUCUGAAGGGGAAGAUGCAGCAGAAGCAGAGGAAUUGGAUGUUGAUCUCUGAUGCAGUGUACAAGCAGGUGUUAACUCAGACCACCGGUCAGUAUGACGCACUGGCCGAAGCCUGUGAGGCCCAGAGAGUCUCGCUGGACGCCAGACUGCGAACCGACAUGGACCAGAUCAUCACAUCUAAAGAACAUGUCAACAACAAGAUACGAGCUCUGGUGUUGCCCAAAGCGGAGCAGCUCCUACGGAACAGUGUCCAGCCCUACAUCAGCUCCAUCCUGGAGGCCCUGAUGGAGCCCACCAGCCGAGGUUUCUCCGAGGUCAGGGAAGUUUUCUUCAGGGAGCUGGUGGAGAUCAGCAAGAACUCACUCAAUGGAGGGGGCAAAGAAAAACUGGGAGAGCACAUGGAGAGGCUGUCCAUGCUCGCCUUCCACCCAGUGAAGAUGCAGAGCUCCUAUGAGAAGGUGGAGCAGCUCAAUCUGGAGGGGCUGCAGCAGAGGUUCGACGUUUCCAGCCCCUCGGUGUUCGUCAGCAGGGCUCAGAUCCUGAUGAGGGAGCAAAUGGACAAUGCAGUGUACACAUUUGAGCAGCUGCUGCAGCAGUCUUUAGAGGCCCAGGGAGAGGAGGACAUGUGCAAGAACAUCCAGCGAUGCCAGGACAGGGUUCUCAAGAAAUAUGAUUAUGACAGCAGCACAGUGCGCAAGAAGUUCUUCAGAGAGGCUCUGCUGCAGAUCAUCAUUCCAUACAUGCUGCAGCAGCUCUCGCCAACAUGCUCACCUGAGCUGCCUCGCUUCAAAGAGCUAAUCUUUGAGGACUUCUCCCGUUUCCUGCUGGUGGAAAACUUGUUCGAGGAGGUGGUGCUUCAGUCUGUCUCCAAGGACAUAAUGAUGGCUGUGAAGGAAGCAGCUGUCCAGAGGAGACACAAUCUGUACAGGGACAGCAUCAUUCUGACCAACAGCGACCCCAACCUGCACCUGCUCGGAGAAAACCCUUCAGUGGACUGGGCUACUAAAUUUGGGGGCGAUGAGCUGGAGGGCUCUGUCAAUGUUGGCGGUAUUGAAGGAGGGGGUUCUGGGAAAAGACGGAGGCAGGUGGUGUCCAUGAUCCAGCUGGACGGGGUGCCUCUGCCGUACGAGUCCUGCCUGGAGGUCCCAGGUGUGGAGCUUAUCCCAGAGGAAGAUGCCGAGAUGUCUGAGGGCUUAGAGGAGGACAUGGGCCUGCCUGAGGAUCCCAAGUCUCCUGACAGCGUGAAUGAAAUCCGAGACCUGAUCAAUCCCGUGGUGGAGAUGGUGCUGCCCGUGUCAGAGGAGAGUCAGAGCGACGCGACCAACGGGACGGAGCCGACCACAGGAAUCGUCACUAUGGAGGACGGGGUGCAUGAGGUUGUGACACAUGUCACCACCGUGGUGGACGAUGUCCCCAGUAAAUCUCCACGAGAGAAGUCGUCCCCGCAGACAAUUCUCCAGCAGCUGAUAGGAAGCAAGAAGCAGGAAGCUGAGAAGGUGGAGCACCAGCAGGAAGCAGCCAUCAAGAACGCCAUAGAGGAAAUAGAGAUAGCGGUGCAGGAAGAUGACAGUGAACGGAUUGCUGAGGUCUCUGCAACCAAUUCAGAUUACGAGUCUUCACCAAAGCCGCCACUGGCUACAGACUCCAGCUACAGUGGCUUCCAGUCCCCGACCAAUGAGGGGCUGGAUGAAGGUGAGCCUCAGCCAAUCACAAACAGUCUAAACGGAGAGGAUAAAAUCAUCGACCCAGUAGAAGUGGAAGUGCUUUUAGCGUAGGAAAGACAAUCAUCUGAACAGUACUCUGAAACUGGAGAAAACAGCAGAGUUUACAUGUGUAUCACAUGUUAUUGGAGAGAAGUUGAAUAAGGAUUGUAUUUAAAGUUUUAAUUCAAAGCAUUUGCUUUUUAUUGUUACUGACAUUGCACACCAAAACCAACACUCUCAUCCUCCCCUAGACUUUUUGUUAGACAUGUCUUUGGUUAUUGGUUUCUCUCUAUGCAUCUUAGUGAAUCUCGAUGCAAGUUUUCUUCAUAUUUUGUGUAUGACACUGAGUUCAGUAUAUCUGAUUUAUAUAAGGCUCCUUUACUGAAUGCUAUGCCAACAGACUGAGGGUCCAUCACAAGGAUCAGGGUUUUUAAAGUGAUAAGCCACUUUUUUUAAACAUACAGAAUAAGGGAGGAACACAAAACAACUACACCUAAGUUAUUCAUGUUUUCAAAUGAGGCUAAACUUUUAUUUACAUCAGUAAUGUAGGAAAUAAGGCCUUUAUUUUCUCUAUAUAUCUCACAUAUAUACAGUCAGAUUAUAUAUACACAUUGUGCCUUUAACUGUACUGCAAUGAUGACAACCUCCACCUGGGCAGCAGGGGGUGCUACAAUCAACCUUUAGAUGCUGUAUGAGUACUUUAACUAUUCUUUUGAAAUACUGCUAUCUAUUUUUGUACGUCUUUUUUUUUUUAAACUAUGAAGUUUGUUUACUUUAAAAAGUGUUUCCUGUAUUCACAAAAGGCCUUUAUGUUUCAACACUAGAUAUUUCAUGAUUUUAUGAAUUAUUUACAUUUACAUGUAAUUUGAUAAGUACGAUGUUUUGCUCUUUUUGGCAACUGUGCAACAAAACAACCUAAAUUAAUUUGGGUUCAUUCAUCUUUGUCACUGUGGGUGUAGGAUUUUGAUGAACUUGUAAUCAGAAGAAGCUCUCUUCGUGAUUAUGAGGGAGAUUUUUUGUAGUGACAUUUUUUCUAUUUAAAACCAAUCUUUUUUUUUUAUUUAAUGCAGAAUUUACAAUCUAGUUUAAAUUUUUUGUUAAAUUUAUAUAAUUUGGAGGAAGUAGCUUUUACAAGUGUUAUAUCCCCUUAUCUGUGUGUGUUUUGUAAAUGCAGGUUUGAUAAACUGUAAAUAUUAUAUUUUAUAAUAAUAUUGGGGUGUUUAUAGUUUUUCCUAGAAAAAUACCUGGAAAAACUAUUUAAUUUGGUACCAAGUAAAGGGAAAUUACAGUACGGUUUUACAUACACGUUGAAUUGUAUGAUUACCUGAAAUAAGGAAAAACUCCCUCUUCCAGGACAGACUGUGGGGUUCUGGGGGUACAGAGUACAAAGAGGAAGCAGAAGUGGAAUUAAAGAGAAUAUUUGUAAAUUAACUACACACAUAAUUUUACAUCUGCAUUUUUAUUAGAAUAAGUAUCAAAUUACACAUACUCUCCAAGAACCUUCUUAUGAAUGUGCAGAAACUUUGGAACCUGUAAAAUCAACAUUAGUACAUUUUUCGUCGUUAGCAUCACACACACACUCUAUGGGUGAAUUACUUUCACUUUUGUACCACCUGUAGUCAACAGACCAAGCUGCAAUCUAAUGUUAAACACUGAGAAGUUGUUGCAAUCUCACAAGUCAGCAUACUGUUGUGAAGUCAUCCAUUGUCAUUGUAUCAAGCACAUUUUGAGCUUUCUUUAUUUAGAUUCAUACCUUUUACUGCCAAUGGAGGACCAUUGACUGUAUUCAUCUGUUUAUUUAUUACACAACCUGUUUGCUGUGAGCAGCUCCUCUUGUCCUUUCAGUGCUUUUGUCUUCUUGACAUAUAUAAAAAUACAGAUGAAUAAAACCAUUUCAUCAACUUA